UGACUCUCCAUUAAGGGAUUCUUCCAAGGGAUGGCACCUUCCCUGAAGAGACUCUUUGUUCUUUUCUAAGAGUCACCAAUCAAGUAUAUAAACCCCACUGAUGAUUUAUUCUAAUUACAACCUCACCAUCUGAUUUCACUGGGAUUCAUCAUUUAUUUAUCAUAUAUUAUCAGAAAAAAUUGGUUGCAUCUUUAGUUCUCUGUUUCAAGAAGGAAAUGGCAAUUAUUCCAGAAGUAUCCAACAAGAAGUCCAAAGAGAUGACAAUUCUUCCAGAAGAAAUAAAGACAGAUAUCUUAUCCAGAUUACCGGUGAAAAGUCUCAUGCGAUUUAAGUCGGUCUGCAAACCUUGGCGCUGUCUUUUCCGUGACCCUGGUUUUGCGAAAAUGCAUAGAGAACAUGCUACUAGAAAUGGAACAUCAACCUUUCUGAUGCUUCAUUACAGGUUUACAAGAUUUGCAAUGGAUGCAUUCUACUCAAUAGAUCAUACUUCAUUAUCUAUACAAUUAUUAUCACCAUUGAGGGAUGAAGCCCUACAUGAUUCAACUGCGAUGCAUUACCCGUUAAUACCUCCAAAUCAUCUUGAAGUUUUGGGAUCUUGCAAUGGCUUAGUGUGCUUACGCACUAGCGUGCCUGGUGAUGAGGAUGCCAUUUGCCUUUGGAAUCCAUCAACCCGGGAAUACAAGAAUUUACCUGCUUCCCCGAAUCGUUUCAGGAGCAGUAAUGUGGACAUGGAUAUUGUGGUGUGUGGGCUUGGUUACGACGAUGAAAAUAAUGAUUUCAAAGUGGUACGUCUUGCCGAAAUUAAUUCUACUGAUGAUAGUUUUGAUGAUUCCGGUGAUUGGUCUGAAAUGGAGGUCCAUACGAUCAGACCAGGUUCUGAUCAUGAAGUUGAGGCCUCAAUAAAAAGAUCACAAUCUGUUUUUGAGAUCUAUUCAUUAAGAUCUGAUGCUUGGAAAAAAUGUCAAACAGUUCCAUAUUAUUUUCCUGGUUAUUUGAAACCUGGGGUGAUUGUGAAUGGAGCUCUUCACUGGUGGGCUAUGAAACGACAUGGUGAUGGCGACGAAGUCAUACUCUCUUUCGAUUUUAACGAAGAGGUAUUCAAGGAAGUUGCAAUACUAGAAGGACCUAUGAUACAUAAGGAAGUUUCUGACACCGACUAUGAAAACAAUAGCGUGGGAGUGUUAGGAGGGUGCUUGUGUUUACUUCACAAGACCUUCGAUAAAGUUGACGUGUGGAUUAUGCAGGAGUAUGGAGUGAAAGAAUCAUGGACGAAACGCUUCACAAUUACGGAAGAGUCUAUUGUCGACACCAUUGCAUUGAGGGUGAUAUGCGACUUUCAGAAUGGUGCCAUUCUAUUUAGUACUGAUGACUCCUUGGUUUACUAUGACCCGAGUCCUGAGAGAGGCACUAGGAAAUUGAGAAUUCUUGGUACUGAUGAUUUAGAGGGUGCCGAAAAAUGUAUAUCAAGCAUAGUAUCCCUUAACUCCGGUACUUAUUGUUAGGACAUCUGGAGAAGUAUGGAGAUGAUACGUAAUUUAUGCCGUAUAUCAGCAUUGUUAGGGCUUGCGCGUCUCCAACCUAAUUUUGUGUAUUUCUUUUCUGUUUUUUCGUUCGAAUUUGAAUUAAGUCCUAUUUAUUAUUUCAAUCUUUUGACAGUUUUAUAAUUGUAAUCUG